AUGGUACAUUCUGAUGGAGGGAGGGACAACAGUGAUGCUUGGAACAUCCAUGGCAAUGCAAAUUACUUGCGUAGUGCCGGCAGCCACUGCUUGUUGGCAGGAGGGCUAAAGACCUCGGCUGACCCCACAGGAGGUCUUUCGUCCCGUGGCUUAAGAUGCUCGCCAUCUCUCGGAGGGACUGACACUGUGACUGGGGGCGGGAUGUUGCAACAGUUGGCACUCCUGGCAGCAGGCGCCCAGCCGUGGCACCAUAAUAUUUGCACUGCACAUGGGAGGCGCUUUGCUUAUGCUGCAACACUUGCUAUAUAUGUGUACGAGGUGGAGGAGGGCAGCAGUGACUGGCAGCUGUUUAGCAUCUUGGCAAAUCAUCGCAAGACAAUCACGUGCCUUGACUGGCACCCCACAAAUGAAGACCUACUUGCCAGUGCUUCAUUAGACCAGCGUGUGUGUGUAUGGAGUGUCAGCAGUCAGAGUGUGCUUUGUACCAUAAGCAUCUGCAGAGUACCAACUGUGGUGGCAUGGUGUGUUGGUCACAGAGACCUUCUCUCCUUCUCCACCCAAAUUGGACCUGUUCAGCUAUGGUCGUACGCAGAUAACAGUGAACCGUACCAGUACUUUGAGGAUUAUGGUUACUCCAGCCCCAUCAUUACAUACCGCUGGCAUCCCACUGUCCCUGGGAGGCUUGUGGUGGGUCAUGAUGAUGGCAAAAUUACAGUUUACAGGGAAGACAGUGGAAAGUCGAGGUACUCAGCUUUUCCUGAAGGAGCAGAGGACAAUGAAGAUCACAGCCUCGUCACGCUUGAAUGGGACACUUGUUCUCCCGACUACAUAUUGGUGGCAUAUAGGGGUGGCUCGUUGUGGCUUGUGGACAUCAACUCAAUGAUGAUCAUCACAAAGUACAUGAUGCCCAUUUCAGCCAGUGUCAACACCCUUGCCUGGCUGCCUGAUGCGCCUGGGAUGUUUGUGACGGGAGAUGCAGAGAAAGGUAUUCUCAGGGUCUGGACUGUAUCCAAACCAACACCUAUUGAGAAUAUUGUCUUGAAAGACACAGGUUUCCAUGUCCUUUGUACAACAAGAGCCCUUAAUGCUGCGUAUCCCAGCAGUGACAAGCAGAACCAGUUGAUUGAACGUUCAAGCGAGAGGAAGGGCAUCAUGAUCCCCAAUGUAUGCGUUCUGACACUAUUUAAAGAUGGGGGAGUAGGUCUGUACCACCUAAGGAGAAAGCAAUGGAUCUUUAACAGGGAACACGGUCACACUGAAACGAUAUUUGACUGUAGCUUCAAGCCUGAGGACAGUGACCUUUUAGCAACAGGAUCCUUUGAUGGGUCAAUAAAGAUAUGGAAAAUUGACACCAUGGAAGCAGUUGAUACAUUGCCCAAUAGAGACACCAUCAUCUACAGCUUAUCAUGGGCACCUGCAGACCUUAAUUGCAUUGUAGCAGGAACUUCUGGGGGCGAAGUCUUUAUCUGGGAUGUUGGCAAGCACAAAAUCCUCCAAGAUAUUAUAUCACAUAAGGACAAAAAGGUGUUUUGUGUGGCAUGGAAUCACAAGGACUCCAGGAGAAUAGCAUCGGCAGGAGAAUCUGGAUACUGCUAUGUGCACCAAGUGAGUGGUACCCUGGUGCACGACUAUCGACACCCUGGACCGGUAUAUGGAUGCGACUGGCGUGAUGCAGAUAUUUUAGCUACAGGUUGUGAGGAUGGAAAAAUUAGAAUUUUUAAUGUUAGCAAGAACAGAAAGGAACCUGUUAGUGAACUGAAAGCUCACUUGAAGAAGGUAUUUCGGGUAAAGUGGAACCCAGUUUACGAAGACAUCCUGUGUAGCGGUAGCGAUGAUUCGUCAGUGAGGAUAUGGUCGUACUCAAAAGCCCAGUGUCUGACUAUCCUCGUUGGGCACUCAGACAAUGUCCGUGGCCUCGCAUGGUGCCCAGAGGUGCCCUACUUGCUCAUUUCGGGGUCAUGGGACAGGACGAUGAGGGUGUGGGAUGCUCGAUAUGCCAAUUGCCUUGAUGUUGUCUUGGACCAUGGUGCUGACGUUUAUGGCCUGAGCAUCCACCCUAUUCGUCCAUUUUUGCUGGCAUCGUGCUCAAGGGAUUCAACAAUGCGCCUGUGGUCUUUAGCAUCCUUUGUGGCUCCCCUGCAGCUGAAGGUGCUUGCGGAGAAAUCAACAGAAGAAAUCAUAGACGAGACAGAUCAAGGCAAAAGCUUCUCAACGAGUCUUCACCUUUGUGGGCUAAGGGCAGAGCACCUCAGGACAGCCCUGCAGAAAACAGAUAUCGCACAUCGCUCAAGCAAGAGGCUGAAGUUGUUUGCUGAUCUGUUUUGUGGUGAUGUACGUGUGAGGAACCUCUGGGAUCUGGUGUACGUGCUGAAGGGCCACACAGACAUAUCCAUGCUGUCGCCAAACUACACUUCAUCAAUCAUGCAUCAUUCACACCUUGUCAAGUGUUCCCUGGCCAUAGCAGCAGAGAGGGAGAUGGAAGCAAACAGAGGACACGGAGUCGCUAGUCGGAAGCACUCAACCACAGAGUGCCAAGAAGCACUUGCUGAGUCAUAUCUCCGCUGCGGCGCACUCCAGCAGUACUGCGAACUGAUGACGAGGCUACACCAAUGGGACCACGCUCUCGCUCUAGCUCCAGCUGUUUCCGUCGACUAUUGGCGUAAAUUGGUGGCCAGGCAUGCAGAGCAGCUUUUGAACGAUGAUAACGAGGAGUGUGUGCCGUACCUCCUGGCCUCUCGUGAUGCAGAUAAGCUCAUCAAUUUUCACAUUGGCCGAGGCCACCUUGACAAAGCUUUCUCUGAGUGCGUCGCGCUUAGUAAGACUCACAGGACGAGCCGGAAGGGACCACCACCUGAAGUGCCUCCAAGAGUGCCUGCGGGAGAAAUGAACGGGAUUGAGCCUGUGGGGCAGAGAACUCUCGAGUGUGCUCACUUGGUGGCUGAGUGGCAUCUGCGUCGAGGCUCACCCAUCAUAGCUGCCUGUGCCUUACUUGCUGUGGACGAUGUGAAGGGUUCUCUUUCAAUGCUCCUACGAGGCCAUGAAUUAGAACUAGUUGUUGCUGUGGGCAAACUCAUAUGCACAGAUCCUUCAGCCAACAAUGACUCUUGUGCAUUUGACACUGACAUCCCAGCAAUUCAAGGACUGAUAGCAACAGCCAUGCGCUACCUUACUUACCGAGCUGUGAGGCUCAUGCUCUGGGAUUUGGCUGUUGAUUUGGCCAAUACGCUCCCACAGGGAACCAACAGAACAAUCUUGCUGGCGGAAGUGCUAAUUGCCUUCGUGGGAGGACAUGAAGAGCGAGAGACCCUCUAUGCUCGAGCUGGUUUCCCAACACCUGUAGAGUGUCCAGAAAAGGCCAUUGGAUCAAUACUGGACCAAGUCUUGUACUUACUGCUGUCAACCCAACCUUAUAAAGGACUGAACAAAGCCUUGGAAUUCUUGCAAGACCAAAUUGUGGGAGGGAACCUUGACAGAGAGAGCGUAUGGUAUGUCUUGCGUCUGGUCCAGGCCAUCCCACUAACUCAGAACGCAGCCCAGUGGAUGGUUCGGGCGGACCAGAAAGCAGGACUGCUUGCAAUAUCAGCUUAUUUGGGUGCUAUUCGUGCUGCCGGACUGGAAUAUGGCUCAAUUGUGUUAUAUCUUCUGAGCCAUGCAAGUUAUCUGUUGGAGAAACACAGGCCUACAGGUUAUGCAUUCCUGGCAGAACACAUAGAGUCGGCACGUAUCAAAAUGGAGGAGGGAGAUACUGAUUGGGAUUUAAAUGUGGGUGAAAACUUGGAGUUAUGGAGUGAUUUCAAAACCAGUCGGGUGAGCGGCUCACACCUUCCAAGGCAUUCAGAUGCCCAGACUUGUUGCAUUACCAAUACAAUAAUAAAGGGUCCGAGCUACUUCCUCGAGAACGGUGAAUCGGUGAUGGGUCUUAAUGAUGCUCUGAUGUGGGCCAAGGUGCACCCUUUCUCCCCUCUCGGCUCCGGCUGUCGUCUCAAUCCGUUCUGAGCCUCAGGAGGAAUUUUGUUCUUUUCAUGCUCUUUUAUUUGAAGAUGGAAGAGGAGUUGCGCUGUGAAAGGGGAUUGACACAAAGGAAGGAUUCCAUUUGGAAUUAACUUUGAAGUGCCAUGCCUUCAUGUUAUCUUAAUAUAUAUUAAUUGUUGCAGUUUUUGAAAUGAUAAUGAUUAUUUUGUGUUUUAUUUUGUUGUUGUUGUUGUUGUGAGAUUUCUUUUUAUAUAAUUAUUGUCAAUAAUUAUGCUUUUUUAAAUAGAAAUUUGUUGGAAAAGAUUAUAUUGAUAAAUGACUCUAGUGUUGCCCUUAUGAAUAUUUUUCUGCAUUUUAUCAAAAUUGCUGAAUUGUAAUUUUUGUGAUAUCGGAGAUUACCUUUACGCAUUUUGAAUUAGGUAUUUUGAAAAUGAUUAGCAAGGUUUUAAGGAGAUUAAAGAUGCUAGAUUACAGUCUACAGAUCACGUAGUAUACUGAUCCACGUUGACGGUGAAAGUUGUUUGGUCCGUGGUUUAACAAAUCUUUUACAGAGAUAUAAAAUGAUGAUGGUAUAUUAGCAUAGCAAACAGACAGUAGCAGAGCAAGGAAGAUUUAUUAAGGAAAAAAACUAAUAACUCUAAUUAAAAAAAAAUGUCUAAAAGAUAAGAAUUUUAAGCUGUCUCUUAAAAAGGACUUUGGAAAUCAUAGUAGUGAUAAAGAUUCAGCUAUAUGUAUGUUUGU